UUAAAACCAUUUUCCCUUGUCCUAUCACUAGCCACCCUCAUAAACAGUCAUAUAUACAGUUACUCACAGAUUUAGAGAUGAUAGUGUGAUAACUAUCUUCUCUCUCAUAAUGAAUGUAAAACUAGUGCUACAAUAAUAAUUCAAGCAGAAGUUCAGUUUAAACUGCUCUUGUUUUUAUUCUAAACUGUAUCUUUGCCAUAUACAGCUCUAAGUUCAAGAAAAAUUUUCACAUUCACUUAUGGGUUCUGCAGGGUUCACAUAAGGUCCACUUUUGUAUAGCACACACUUGAAUGACACAUUGUGGCAUCCUUGCUUUGUCUCAGGUCUCCAUCCAGGCAUGCAUUCAGGUCCAGCCAUAAAUUCUGCUGUUUAUCAGAAAAAGAAAGAAAGAAAGAAAAACCAAACAAAGAAAAAGGUUGCUAAUUUCUGUGUUAGAGCAAUAACACAGGUAAGUUAUUGUAAGUACUUUUAAAACCCAAUGCAUUCUUCUUAAAUAGUGUUCUGUUUUCACUCUUUUGUGUGUUGUGCAUUGUUGUUGUUUGUAUUUUUCCUGAGGAAGAAGAUGCUGUUAUUGGAAAGUCCAGAGAACUAAUUAAUAAGCCUGUCAAUUUUAUCAAAUUUGUGCAUAUAAUUAAGUUUCUACCUUUUUCUUCCUUCAAAUUGCUGAGAAGGAUUGCGGAGAAGGUUUAUCACAUCAUAUGAGAGAGCAGACAAUAGACAAUGGAGUGUCCUUAUGCCAUAUGCACAGAAGUAGUUCUAUUCUCAAGCAGCAGCAUGUUAGUCACUGCUGCCGAUGAAUGUCAUUACUGUGUGCAAAGAUUAUAUGUUUCUUGCCUUUCUUAUGAAUGUUCUGUCUGGGCUUAAUUCUCCUCCCAGUUUAGUAUCUCCCAAUAGCUCUGAUGAUCUCCAUUCUCCUCGGCCCUUAUCUCCUAUGACUUUCUCAGUCAGCCUUCAUUUAAGGUCCCUCUUUUUCUCCCAGCAAUUAAAGGGUUUGGUUUCUGUGUCCCAAGUCCUCUCUUCCUACAUCUUCUCACUCCUCCCUCUCUGCCCUGCUGCCUUCAGGCAUUCUUCUGCCCAAUCUGUCUUUCUCUCUGAGUGCUUAUGCUUAGCAGUGCCUUAUCUCUUUUUGCCCUCAUUGAGGAUUUCUCUUUUUCACAGAUUCCUUUCUCCAUGCUCUUAGCUGACUAUGGAUAAUCCUCUUUUCCAAUCCUGAGCACCCUGAGGAAGCUCUGAAGCUCUUUUUCAAGCCCAGCACAGGCUUUUAGCCUGGGAGGAAGGAAGGCACUGCCAGGAGCGGUUUUUCUUAUUUUUAUAUGUGGAAUGCUUGGCCUUUUGAAGAGAGGGAAUGGCUGCAGAUGAAGACAAGUGAGCAGUGUCAGCUUUCUACCUGCCUUUCCCAUGUGAGCGCAGGGCAGCCGAGGGGAGCUGGCAGCCCCUGUGGCUGAGGCAGGCCCACCAGGGCUCAGCUGCAGGGUGGAGGUGGAAGCACCGCUUCGUUUUGCUUUCAGCAGAACAGCAAAAAUCGAACAAGAUUUUCUUCGCCACUUUAUUGGUCCAUCUGGACUUGCAAAGGAUUGCCAAACUAACAGAGCUGAUGAAAGGUGCCCGAAUCAUCCUCUCAGAUGAUCCCUGCAGCAGCCCAAAAAGACAACGCGAUUUAAUCUGUAGGCGGUCUCUGUAUUGGCGUGUCCCGUGGGGAAAGCGUAGCAUCCAGCCGCUGGCAUCUCCUCGUUGCGGAAGCACCAUGGGAAGAGGAGAGGAGAAAGAACUCCCGCUCGUGAGGCUGGCACGCGCUGCUCGCUGCCUCGGCCGGGUGCGGUGCUGAAGGAGCGGGACAUCUGCGCGGAGGGGAGAAGCAGCUGCUCCAGCCCGGGGCUGGGGCUGAACUUCUUGCAGCGCUUGGGGCUUGGCUGGAGUGAGCUGAGGGAGGCGAGCAGCAGGACGGGAACGCGCAGCCCGGAGCGUACACGGACGGACUCGGUUAGAAUAUUUCAAGCCUAAUGGCCUCCGGCAUAAACAAGAGCCGGCAACCCGGGACUUGCGAUGGAUCUAAAGCCUCUCGCAGCAGUUCGGCAGAAGGAUACAGUAAGGAAAUUCACAUGCAGAUGUGCAAGAAGAUCGCCCAGCUCACCAAGGUGAUAUAUGCCCUGAACACUAAGAAUGAUGAACAUGAAGAUAGUAUACAGGCUCUGAAAGAAGCUCAUGAAGAAGAAGUUCAGCACAUUCUUGCUGAGAUGAAGGAAACAAUUCUCCAGUACAAAAGCAAAGUUGAAGAAGAGCAGUUGCUGAGAAAACAUAUUCAAGCCCUUGAAACUGCAGUAGAACAACACAGGAAACUAAAGGAAGAAGCCUUGGCAGAGUUAACAUUGUGCAGGAAGCAGGUGGAAGAGAAGGAACCAAGAGCAGAAGUAAAACUCAUUCACGUGGCCCUAUCCACAGAUACAAUAGAUACCAAUGCAGGCUUUGAAAACAAACUUCUGCAUUUAAAUGAGAGUGAUGGACUACUGAAUGAAUGGAAAUUAUCUAGGAGAGAAAAUUUAAAUGAAGAAAUUUUAGCUGAAAAAUUCAGCAUGGAAGGACGAGUUCUAGUAAAUGAAAUGGAAAAUCUGAGGAGUGAGAACCAAGGAGCAAUUAAAGAAUAUACUCAAAGAACAAAUCAACUGCAAGCUUCCUGUGAGAGGGGAAGAGAGUCUUUGAAAAAGUCUACACAGCAAUCUAUGACAGAAACAAAGAAUCAUCAUCAGCAAAGAGAAAUGGAGCAAAGGAAUUGCUCAGAGGCUGAGAAAGGUUUUUGGAUGCAGCAGGUAAAGAAACUGGAGGCAGACCUAGAGGAGAAAAGCCAGAAGAUAAAUGAGAGGAAGAAACAUUCCCAGAAGCUGAAAGAAAGAAUACAGGUAAAGUUCAAGACUGAACUCCAGAUGCAGCUAGAGGAAUUUAAAAGAAAAUCUGAGUGUGAAAUAAAGCAACUAGAGAAAGAAAAAGAAGCCCUAACUGGGAAGCUUCAAAACUCUUCACUUGAGGUGGCUCAAUUGAAGCAAAUAUUAGACCAACAAGCAGAUAAUUUCAAGGAAUCACUGAAGAAACACAAUCUGCAGUCCAGCAAAGAAAAGGAAAAGCUUUUGCAGGAUCUUCAAAACACCAUUAAAGAAAACCAGAAUGUUAAACUGCAGCUGGAAGCGUCACAUCAGAAAGUUUUAAAAAUGUUGGAGAAAAACAAAAAACAGGAACUCAAGGAGGCAGAAGAGCGUUUGAAAAAGGAGUUUAAUGAGACUUUCAAAAUCCAACAUCAGUCUCAUAGGCUGGAAAUGCAAACCUUGGAAGAGAGAGCAAAGAAAGAAUUACAGGAUGAACUCGAGCAGAUACAGAAGCAGCAAACUCUCUUGCUAGGAUCUCUAAGGGUAGAAAUUUCUGAGCAACAAACAUCAUGCACUAAUCUCAAAAAACAAAUAGAAGAGCUCCAAAUGGAGUUGAGGAGUGUGAGGACCUUGAAGAAGCAACAGGAAGGAAGCAGCCAGAGCCAGAUCAGAUCUCUUCAUGAUGAACUGGAAAAAUGUCAGAGUGAAAUUUCUGAGCUCAAGAAAGAGAACUUACUUUUGAAAGACACAAUGGAAUUACUCAGUACUGAGCUGGAGACACAGAAGCAAGAAUCUGCACAGCUUCAGGAUAAGGAGAGACAACACAAAAGGCUUAAAAAAUUAGAAGAAAACACAAGAAAAUCAGAGUCCAGACCAGAAGAUAUACACCUUAUAAGCUGCCUGCAAGAUAAACUAAGUGAGAGAGAAGAAAUUAUUAAGCAGCUGGUGGAAGGAAGAAAAUUUCAGCAUUCACUUUUAGCCAGUACUGAAUCUUACAGAAAUCGAUCUUUUUCUUUCACCCCUAAUCCAGGAUGUUUGACUCCUAUGAAGCAGCAGAAGAGACCAGUUGAGGUGCCCAGUCGUGUUGUCAGUGUACCAAAUUUAGCUUCCUACGCAAGGAGCUUUUUGAGUGGUGACUUGAGGUCAAAAAGAGGUGCUCCUCAAAUAACAAAAUCAACAAGCUUAGACCAGAGUCCUGGAUGCCUCAGAGUGGGUUCUCCAACAGCACAGACUUCAGACAGCAGCACUUCCACAAGGACACAUGGCAGUGAACCAUCACAAACCAAAGAUGACCAAAUACAAGACCCUGAGCAUCAAGAAUGGUUUACUAAAUACUUUUCAUUUUAAAGCAAAUCAUUUA